AUGUCAAACUCUGCUGUGAUGGGUCCAGGUGAGGAUGGUGCUCUCGAUGAGGAGGAAAUGAGUGAAGAGGAGGUGUCUCGCGACUGGACUCCCCAAGAAAAGGCACUCCAUGAAGCUAAGGUGAAGGCCAGAGCCAAAUACCGUGUUCGCCGGACCUCAUCACGUGACUCAGAGAGCACAGAAACUAUUGCUGAAACUCCCAUUCCUCAAGGGAAGAGCCAUGACAGAAAAUCUCGCAUGGGCAAGGGAAGAGGUCUUCCUAAGAAAGGUAAGAGAAUUAUGUAAGAAAUAGGAAAAGUGGUUACUGGAGACUUGACCACAUGCACUGGGUAUGAAAUCUACUCUUGUGCUGAGGAUUUGGCCACAUUCCCAGUACAUAGGAGAAAGUGAGGAUAAGUGUAGAAGUGCUACAACUGUACUCCUUUCUUUAGCAUUUAAGGAAUGCAUGAUGUCUGCCUUGGGUAAAAUGGAAGGUUGAUGGUCAGAAAAGAUCUUAUGGUGAGCCGCUAAGGCAUUAGAGAGGCUUCUACAAGCGGCUGAUCUAGAAGGGAAACAUUUCAGCCAAGUGCCGGUCUACAAUAGGGUAGGAAGAUGAAUUGCAGAUCAUUCCUUAGAACAGAUUAGUUGCAAGAUUUGUAGCACUAGGCUGUUCUAGAAUGGGUAAGUUGUAGGUUUUGUGGUGCUGAGCUGCUCUAGAAUGGGUUAGGUGUAGGUUUUAUGGUGCUGAUCCAUCUUCUCAGUUAAAUGGGUUAGGUGUAGGUUUUGCAGUGCUGAGCUGCUCUAGAAUGGGUUAGGUGUAGGUUUUAUGAUAUUGAGCUGCUCUAGAAUGGGUAAGUUGUAGGUUUUGCAGUGCUGAGCUGCUCUAGAAUGGGUUAGGUGUAGGUUUUAUGGGGCUGAGCUGCUCUAGAAUGGGUUAGUUGUAGGUUUUGCAGUGCUGAGCUGCCCUAGAAUGGGUUAGUUGUAGGUUUUGCAGUGCUGAGCUGCUCUAGAAUGGGUUAGGUGUAGAUUUUAUGGUGCUGAGCUGCUCUAGAAUGGGUUAGUUGUAGGUUUUGCUGUGCUGAGCUGCUCUAGAAUGGGUUAGGUGUAGGUUUUAUGGGGCUGAGCUGCUCUAGAAUGGGUUAGGUGUAGGUUUUAUGGUGCUGAGCUGCUCUAGAAUGGGUUAGGUGUAGGUUUUGCGGUGCUGAGGGAGUAUUAAAAAGGGCCGCUAUACAACAUCCCUCUUGUUUUUUUUGUUUUUUUUUUACUUUUUCACAGGUGGUGCUGGAGGAAAGGGAGUGUGGGGGGCUCUCGGUCAGGUGUACACUUACCAAGAGCCAGACGUACAAGACCCCAAUUAUGAUGAAUCUGCCCAGGUAAUAGUAUUUAAGGGAAGUAUUUAAGUAUUUAUUUUGCAUGUUUUUGUCGCAGUGCAUUCAAUGUCUCUUUUCCCGUCUAUUUGGUUAUAUUUGCAUUUUAACCAUAAUUUUUUUACAUACACCAUUUUUCCCCCCAGCACAACAGUUUUAUGAAUUGUAGCGUUUUGUUUCUCUUCAUGUUUUCUUCCUCCUAUAAACGUUUUGCACUUCUGAAAAGGAAAUUCCUGAGAAAACUGGUGAAAUUUAUAAUAAAGAAAACUGUCACUUUUUAGAUCACUUUAAUAAAUCCGAUUAAAUUAAUGAUGGGAUUUAAACGUCAGCUUUCAGAACAUUAUGAGAAAUACCCCCAUUAGUGUUGGUACUUGCUGACCUUGUAUUGUGUGAGUUAUUCUCUCUAUAAUUAUAUUAACACUGUAACACUAUGUAUAAACAUACUGUCAGCUGUCUCUCCAGCGUAUGAUGUAGGUACACACUCUGCCUCUUAUAUCUGACACACAGGGCAAAACCGUAUAUCACAAGGUGGUACCUGAACUCGACGAGGUCGGCCUACAGCACAACGUACAACCAAUGGUUCGAGAAUACUUCGAGCACGGAGACACAGAGGAGGUUAUAGUAAGUAAUGAGUGUAUAGCGCUCUCUCAGUAUAUUAAUACAGUGGAGGUCACUCAGACUCAUUACUGGGAGUAUUAUUGCCGUGGAGCUCUGUUACACACAGACACAUUACUGGGAGUAUUAUUGCUGUGGAGCUCUGUUAUACACUCAGACACACACUCCUAGAAAAGAGGGACAGAGGGAUUUAGACCCCAAAUAGGGACUCUCCCUCUUAAACAGGGACACUUGGUAGGUAUUGUAACGGCAUCCCCCAGGCAUAAAAGGGGCUAAAAGCCGUUUGGGAGAUCUUUCCCUUCCAGAGAUACAGGCACAGCUACUGCAGAACAUCAAACUCCCGAACCGCAUGUAAGGGAAGGCUCCAAACUCCCGAACUGGAACCUCACGAAUAGCUGCCAGCAGACGAACAGGAAAAGCACCCAAGCGGCUUACACUCCUAGCAAUCAGUCUCUAUCAGCAUUCAGUAAAUCCCCCCCCAAAGACGAGACAAGGCUCCGUGUUGAGGGUCAAGCAGUGGUUUAAUGAGGGCUACCUGCCCAGUAUUUAUGCAGGUCUCCCACCUGGUGGACACUCCCCCAGGGGACCAAAUGGGAGACUGGGACACAAAUAGUACAAUGACCAAUCACAGGCAGACAUGGUUAAAACACUCCCCCAAUACAUUACAAUACCUCCCCUCAAUCCUGGAGAUAAUUGGGAAGUAAUCCAAUUAUCUCCAAGGACAUAGGCAAAACUCCAUUACCCACAUGGUUACAGUAAAAUACUAAAACACAAUAAAAUACACAAUAUUACAUUUAUCACACAAAAUAUAUACUUGCAACCCAUCCCCAGAUAGCUGGGAUCGGAGCGCACAAAAGUACCGAAUAGCGCUCAGAUCCUAUGCACACAGUCCAAUCGCCGUGGAGCCCAAGUGUUCACAAAGUCAGUUUUCAUACGAAUGAGCUCCACGGGAUUCCUAUCUGGGGUAUGGUGUAUUCAGGUACAAACUAUCGAAUAUAGGGCUGUUCGUGCACUUCUACCGAACAAGAAGGGAGGUCGGCGGCUUCAGCGGUGUUCGCGCCAAAAUGUAUCUGUUUUGAGUUCCAUGAGUUGGGCGUCGAGCACCGCUGUGCGUUCGCGUGUUUAAAAUGUCCGCGACCUCGUGUUUGGUAUACGAAUGGCGGCUACCCAGCAGUCGUCAAUUAAGCUGUGGUUAACUGCAGCUUCUGGGAGGUUAAUUGCCGACACACUCCAGGUCCCAGGUGGUCCAGUCAUUCGUGUGUCAGUUCGGUAGCUUGAAUCUUCCGAACACCGGGCAGAAAGGCACGAAUAAGCCUUUUCUGCAGGGGAAAAAGAAAGCUUUUAACAUGGGGCCUUAAUCCAAAGGCAACAGGCGAGCAACCAGGCUUCCCCAAUGCAAUGUGGCGAGAUUGGUCUCGUCACAGGUAUGAUUAUAGGAUGCUUGUUAUACAUUUUAUUUCACAAUCUCUGUACAGCAUAGAGGAAACAUUUGGUGUUUAAUAAAUUAAUAAAUGUCAUGUUCUUCUGCUAGGCUUUACUAAAAGAGCUGAAUUUGGGAAAGCAGAGCUCUGGGGUACCCCGGGUCGCUGUGUCCCUGGCAUUGGAAGGAAAGGCCAGUCAUCGAGAGCUGACAUCCCGUCUCCUUUCAGAUCUGGUGGGGAAGGUGCUUUCUGAAGAGCAUAUUGCUGAAGCCUUCGAUAGAAUGCUGUCUGAGCUUCCAGAUCUUAUAUUGGACACACCUGAGGCCCCACAGGUAUGA